AUGUCUGGCAAAAUCUCCGCCGCAAACCCUACCGAGUACAUCAAGAAACCGGACCCUGAGGACGAUGUAAACAAUGGCGUUACUUCCCAGGAGGAGCCCGAGCCUGUAAGGUUCUCGCCUGAGGAAGAGGCAGAGCUUCUCGACGAGUCAAACACACACAAGACCGAAGCAAACACCCUCUUUACCUCGGGCAAGUACGACGCUGCCAUCUCCAAGUACGACGAGGCUGUCGCCGUCUGCCCCAACUACCUCGACUUCGAGCUCGCCGUCCUCAAGUCGAACGUCUCCGCGUGCUACCUCAAGCUGCAGGAGUGGAAGAACGCCAACACCGCCGCCACGGCCGCCCUUGAAAAGCUGGGCAAGCUCGAGUCCCAGCUUGCAGAGGAGGAGAAGGCCGCUGCCGAUGCCAAGGCGAAGGAGGAGGAAGAGAUCGAGGACGAGAUCAUCAGCCCCGGUGCCGAGAAGGCGGGCCCGCCAGUCCCAGCAGACGAGAAGGAGGACCCGGCCCAGGUGGCUCGUGACAAGAAGAGGGAGGACAUCAAGCGCAUACGGUACAAGGCCCUGAUCAGGCGCGCCCGCGCCCGGAGCGAGGAGGGCGGAUGGACAAACCUCUCCGGCGCGGAGGAGGACUACAAGCUCCUGGCCAAGAUGGACAACGUCAGCCCCGGCGACAGGAAGCUUGUGCAGCAGCAGCUGAAAGCGCUACCGGCACGCGUCAACGAGGCCAAGGAGAAGGAGACUGCUGAGAUGUGGGGCAAGCUGAAAGACCUCGGCAACGGAAUACUGAAGCCGUUCGGGCUGUCGACGGAGCAGUUCCAGAUGGUUCAGGACCCAAAGACUGGAGGAUACAGCAUGAACUUCAAGUCGGACUAG